UUAAUAAAGAUGCCGAGUGCCCGAGAGCUCAUGAUGCAGAAAAUUGCUGAAAAGAAAGCUGAGCUUAGAAGAAAGCAGCUAGAGCAAUUGGCUAAUCCUACAGAUAUCGCUAAAGGAGAAAACUCGACUGACUUCGGAACAAGCAGGGAACCCAAGAAAAUCGCAGGCCUCGACCUUUCUAAGUAUGAAGACCUUGGCACUGAGGAGAAGAAAAUACCUGAUCUGAGCCAGAAUGAUGGCAAAUCCAUGAUUUUUGACUUCAACCCUGAAGAAGAAGAGAGAUUGACUCAAGACGAAAUCACUGAGUUAGAGACAGCUUUAGCUGAGAAGACCAAAAUCGCUGAAGAGAAAUUCAAAAUAGUUCCUCUAGACAAGAUUGACGAAAACACCCAGAAGGAUUUGUUUGAUGGGCUCAACCAAAGGUGUGAUUAUUUUGACAGUAAAAUCUCCAAAGCAACAAGGAAAUGUAUUGAUAAAAAUCUUGAGAGUAAAUUCAAAGACCUGGUCAAUGAAAUAUCUGCUAUUGAGUACAAGUCAAAGUACUCUAUUUGGCCAGAACUUGAGCAAUGCCAAGUAAAUAGGCAUAUCCAGAAUGAACCUGAAGUUUCCAACCCAGGCUUUAUUAAGAAGACAAUUGAUUUUUAUAAAAUUGAUGAGAUUGGAAGCAAUUUUGAUAAAAAGAUAUUCGAUCCUCAUUCAGUUGCUCAAAGCGAGGAAGAUUACUUCGAAAAUUUGAACAAAUUAGAAAAACAAGCUCAAUUUGUCCCAAAGAUAGAGAAACCAGCAAGUUUGAACCCAGGCUUGUUACCCUUAAAUCCAUAUGGAGGGACUAAUAACCAAUCUAUUCCUGUAUUCAAUUCUGCACAGGCCCUAACAGGCAACAACACUUACGACGAUCCUAAAUUCCAAAGCUUUAUUGCUCAAAGAGAGAAGGAGGCCAAAAUGGCCAAUAGUUUAAAGGAAGAAUUCUAAAAUUCAAGUAAUU